GCUUCGCUUUCUAGACGAAAUCGCGACGCACAUGGUUGAGUACUACCGCAACUCCGCGCGCGCCGCCGACCCGGUCAGUACGUACAACUCUCCGCUCGCCCUUCACGAAAAGUUCAAGGAGGUGGGUAUUCCGUUGGCCAUCGGUACGGGUGAGGAGCCGGUCUCGAUGAGCUUACUCACCACCGCGAUGAACACGGUGAUCCAGAACAGCGCUCGCACCUCGCACCCAAUGUUCAUGAACCAGCUCUACGCCGGAGUCGAUCCGAUCGCACUCGCCGGCGAAUGGGCUUCGAGCGCUAUGAACUCGAACGUGCACACCUACGAGGUCGCGCCCGUCUUUACGGAGAUUGAGCGCUCGAUGCUCGCCAAGGUUGCGACUUUGUGGCUCGGUGAGAACGCCGAUGGAACAACACCCAAUCACGACGGUUUGUUUGUCCCGGGAGGUUCCAUCGCCAACUUGUACAGUAUCAUUUUGGCCCGAGAGCGUGUGUGCCCGGAGGCGAAGAAGACCGGCAUGCCGCCCGGUUACGUCGCCUUUUGCUCGGAGCAGUCGCACUACUCGUACAAGAAGUGUGCUCACAUGGUUGGCCUUGGUAUGGACAACAUGAUCAAGGUUGACUGUGGUCCGAACGGCGCCAUGUUACCCGAAGCGCUCGAACGCGCGGUUGCCGAAGCCAUCGCUGCCGGUAAGAAGCCUUUCUACGUCGGAGCCACUGCGGGCACCACCGUUCUCGGCGCGUACGAUCCGUACGACGCGCUGGCUGAUCUCUGCGAAAGAAACAACAUGUGGUUGCACGUCGAUGGAGCAUGGGGUGGUGCGGCCAUUCUCUCUAAGCGGCAUAAGCACUUGAUGAAGGGCGCUGAACGCGCUGAUAGCUUCUGCUGGAACCCUCACAAGCUGCUCGGCAUCCCGUUGCAGUGCUCGAUCGUUCUCAGCAAGCAUGCCGGCUCCUUCAUGGCUGCCAACUCUUAUAAGGCUGAUUACCUUUUCCAACCGGACAAGCUUGACUCCGAGGCCGACCUCGGUGACCGAACUAUUCAGUGCGGCCGCAAGUCCGACGCCCUCAAGUUGUGGCUCGCGUGGAAGUACCGCGGCGACGCAGGCUGGGAACGACUCGUGGACCAUUCAUUUGCCCUCGCAAAGUUCGUUGAAACGGAAGUCGUUUCGGACCAAACCGGCGCGUGGGCGCUCGCCGCUCCCGCGCAGUGCGCAAACGUCGGCUUCUGGUACGUGCCGAAGCGUCUUCGUCCGUUCAACAAGGAGACUGCUACGCCCAAGCAAAUGAAGGAGCUCGCGAAGGUUGCCCCGAAGCUCAAGGACCGAAUGCAACGCGCGGGCUUGGCCAUGAUUGGUUUCCAGCCAGUCCCCGCGUUCGGUCUUCAGAACUUCUUCCGUUUGGUGUUGCCGAACCCGCGACACAACAGUGAAUCUAAACUGCGCGAACUCAUGCACCAGAUGGACAAACUGGGCGAAGACCUGUGA